AUGAGGAAAGCACCAAAAUUGGUUGAUUGGGGAAAAGGCAAGUCCAAUAGGUUUUACAAUAUUUUAUUAGAGUAUGCUUCUUGUGGAACUCUAGCUACUCUUAUUGAGCGAUCCGAUUCUCGUGGGCUGCCUGAGUCGGAUGUUAGGAGAUAUACAAGGUGUAUUCUUGAAGGAAUACGUUAUAUUCAUAGCCGUGGUUACGUACAUUGUGACUUGAAACCUGAGAAUGUGCUUCUUGUCUCUAAGGAGAACGGUGACUUUGUGCCUAAGAUUGCGGAUUUUGGGUUGGCCAAGAAAGUUGUGAAGAAGAGGAAAGUCGCAGAUUCUACUGCUGGCGGGACUACCAUGUACAUGGCUCCUGAGACUGUGGUUGAUAAUGUCCAAGACUUUCCUUGUGAUAUUUGGGCUCUUGGUUGCAUUGUUUUUGAGAUGUUCACUGGGUCUCCGCUUUGGUAUGAUUCUGAUACUACAUCUGAUGAACUUAUAAAAUCUAUUGGCGAUAGACAUGAAUUGCCUGAAAUCCCUUAUGAUAUUCCAGAAGAUGGGAGAGCUUUCUUGAAAAAGUGUUUAGUGAAGAAUCCUAUGUUUAGAUUAACCGCUGACAUGCUAUUAAAUGAACCCUUCGUAUCAGGAUUAAGGGACAACAAAUGCAGCGACAUUGCUGAAAAUUCGGUUGAAGGCCAGAGGAGAUCUUGCGAUUCAAGUCGUUCUAAAGAUUUAGACCUUAUAUCCAAAGAGCAUUAUACUUCCUCUUCUGUACCAUAUGGUCGGCUGCUCCGUGUUGUUCGUACUCAGGGAAGACAGUUUAAGCAACCGGCUCGUGUCUGCUAA